AUGGGCUGCCUGGUGCUUUGGGUCUUCUCCAGUGUUGCGGUCCAGGCCGUGGCCACGGAAAAAGCCCAGUUCCAACAGCCCCUCUUCGUCACCUUCUUCAACUCCAUGGCUGGCGUGGUGCUCCUCUGCCCUUGCAGGAGGAGUGCUGCCCGGGACCGCGUGGCCGCCACGGGUCGAAUGACUUGCACUGUCGGAGUGCUGUGGUCUUGCUCGCAGUGCAUGUACAACGUGAGUCUCCUGCACACGUCUGUGGCCACGAACACUGUGCUCUCUUCCACUUCCUCGGUGUUCACCUUCAUUUUCUCCUUGCUGAUGCGUAAGCCCUUCAGGCGCAACUCCUGCGCGGCGGCGGUGCUGUGCUUCACGGGGUGCUGCCUGGUGGCGUGCCAGGUGGACAUGGUUGGGGCCUCAGCUAUCCUCAGACUUGCCAGCGGCCAUCAGAUCAGCCCCUGGUUGCUGGGUCCGGCGGUGACGCCCAAAGCGCCGACCGCGCCGAAGUCGAAGUCAGAGGCUCGAAACGAGCGAAACGAGGCCGCCGGUGCGGCAAUUGCGGAGCUGAUCCCCGAGGGGAAGGGCAGGCGCCUCCAUGCCGCUCCACGGCAGGAGCGUGGCAAUGCCAAUGGACUGCGGCGCUGGCCGCUGCCCUGCCACGCCGAGCCGCGCCUGGUGGUGGUGCCAUCUGUGCGCAAGGCCUCGUCCCUGCCGUCCUUGACGGUGGGCUGGCCCAUGCGCUCCAGGCGCUCAGGCGGCAGCCGGCUUCGGCUGCUCAGCAAUGCCACGCCCAAGGCGAAGUGCAAGGAGCCCUGCGUGAGCAAACCCCCCAGGCCGGAGCGGAUGGAGUCUCGUGAGUUGGAGGACUCCGCAUUGGAGGCCCGGUUCCACGUGGAGCUGAAGCGGGUCAGCUCCGAAGUGAGCGAGGUGCAACGGCGGCAGCUGUCCACGCGGAACCACCUAAGCAACGUGAAGACGGAGCUGAACAGCAACCACGAGCUGGAGGCGUCCUUACAAGCCGCAGCCGAUGAGGUCAAAGCAGAGGUGAAAGAGCACCUGGGGACCUUCAUGGCGGAAUGGGAAAGCUUCCAGCCGGUGAGUAAGGAGUUGCAGGCCCUGGCGGAUGAAGCCGAGAUGCUGACAGACACCGACCUGCGGAUGAAGGAGUUACUGGAGCGGAUGUCCAGGAAGCUGGAUGCCUUUGACCAGACGCUGGGCAACCACUACUAG